UCACUCAUUUUUGUGAUUUUUAUCCUCACUUGAAUUACAGAAUCGAUACCCUGUUUUUUAAACAUAUAAUGUAUGUAAGCGUCGAUAAGAGAUAUUAUUAGAUUAUAUAUGCGCAGCAUAUCCGUGAUCAUGAAUAUUAUAUCUAAUCAUGUCACAUUAUACGUUAAACUAUUGCUUACGAGAGGCGUAUGGAUAAGUUGCUCCAGGCAGAAAGACAAUUUCCAAGAUUUGAUUCAUCCAGAAGGGCGGGAACCCAACAUUCCGCAUUAUGUGGAACGCGAAGGAGAAAAUGCUGAUCUGAAGAGAGCACGAUUGAUAUAUCAAUCUCGUAAACGCGGGAUGUUGGAGAACGGUUUGCUUCUUAGCACAUUCGCAAAGAAGUAUUUGAAUACAUUUAAUGAUACGCAGUUAAGACUUUACGAUCAACUUAUAAAUUUGCCAACUAAUGAUUGGGACAUAUUUUAUUGGGCAACUGGUGUUAAACCAACCCCGCCCGAAUUUGAUAAUGAAGUGAUGGACAUGUUGAAAAAGCAUACUCGGAAUGAAGAUCGACAAGCUAGGAUAAUGCAACCUGAUCUGUAAAUGAUGUAUAACAUAGUAAUAAUAUUAACAGAAUGUAAUAUAUAAUAAUACAGUAGUUUAAAUUAAUGCAAUUAGAAUAAAUAAUAAAUUAUUGUGAUAUAUAUACAAUACACAUGUGUGUAAAAUUAUUAAAGAAAAAGUAAUCUUAUUUUUGAAGAGAUCUGGAAUUAUUUUCUCUAUCAUAAUACAUAUAUCCAUGUGAAAUAAUUAAGAGAACGAGAAAGAUAAUAUCAUCUAGAUGUAUCAAACAUAUACAUUGGCACAUUGUAACUUGCUAUCUUUUCGCAUGUCUAAUAAAAUCAUCUAUAUUGAACAAAA